AUGGCAGAAUUCACCCGUGAGAGCACUGAAGAACAGGAAGAGAGUUUGCAGGAGGAAGUACUAGAUUUUGCACCAACAGCACUAGAUGAUUCUCUACCAGAAGUAGAAGAUCCACUGCAAGAAAUAAACUUAGGGAUGGAAGAGGAUCCAAGACCCACUUUCAUUAAUGCAUUAUUGGAAGAACCACUCAAGAGUGAGAUCAUUGCACUUUUGCAUGAUUUUAGAGACUGUUUUGCUUGGCAUUACCAUGAAAUGCCUGGAUUAGACAGAAAGCUAGUGGAACACAAGCUGCCAAUUAAAGAAGGUUACCUUCCAGUCAAACAUGCCAGAAGAAGGAUGUCUGUGGAUACAGAACUGAAGGUCAAGGAAGAAAUAGAAAGAUUGCUCAAAGCAGGAUUCAUCAGACCAGCCAUUUAUGCUGAUUGGCUAGCCAAUAUUGUACCAGUUUUGAAAAGAAAAACAGGGAUGGAGUUGCUCAUAACCAGAUGCUAUCUUUCAUGGAUGGCAAUGCAGGGAGCUACUUACCAAAGAGCAAUGAAUUCUGUUUUCCAUGAUAUGAUAGGACAUUCUCUGGAAGAUAACAAGGAAGGAAAGGAGCAGACAGUCUAUUAUCUGAGCGGAACUCUGACAAAAGUAGAAAGGAAAUAUUCUGAAAUUGAAAGGCUUUGUCUAGCCUUGUACUUCACUACUGUGAAACUCAAACACUACAUCUUACCAUACACCAUCUACAUCAUUGCCAAGACAGAUUUAAUCAAAUACAUGCUAACAAGGUCAAUGUUGAGAGGCAGAAUUGGAAAAUGGACUCUGGCUUUAAUAGAAUUUGCUUUCAGAUAUGUUCCUCAGAAAGCUGUCAACGGACAAGCUGUGGCAGAUUUCCUAGCAGAUCAUCUAGGAGAAGAGAUUGAAAACAUGGACUCUUUGGACAUAGCAAAUGUAGACCUGCUAACUAGAGCUCAUACUUGUCUUAACAAUCCUAUCUAUUCAGUUCAUCUCACACCUUGGAAGCUGUAUUUUGAUGGAUCAAAAACUGAUAUAGCUUCUGGGGCAGGGAUUGUUUUGGAGGAACCAUUGGGAAUCAGACAUUGCUAUUCAUUCUAG